UCUAGUAGAGUCUUGCGGAUCGGUAUGAAGACGUCCAUACCUAUCUUCGAGAGGCUAUAGGACAUUUAGGAAAUAUUUUGUUCUUUUAUUCAUUAUCGUGCACACUUGACCUUGUAGAAAUUCUAAUCUUGAUAUCUCAUUCUCUCUCAGAUGGCGAGGAAUCAUACAUCGGCAAGUGGUGGUCAGGAUCCUAUUCUUGCGCCUGCUUCUGGGAACACUGUCCGAGGUAGAGGUAGGAGACGAGCUCGAGGUCGGGGUAGGGGCCGUGUUGCAGCACCUGUGGAUGUUCAAGUACCAGUAGCUACCCAGGGUCGUGAUAGGACCGUACCUCCUGAUGCAGAGGUUAUUCAUGGGGAUGUGCAAGAUCGUGUCGAGGGGGAUGGGCCAGCUCAGGCUCCAACCAGUACUAUUGUCCCCCCAGUGCUUCAAGAUACCCUGGCUCGUAUGUUGGGAAUGCUAGAGGGGAUGGCCCAGGCAGGAGCUUUGCCUGUCACUUCUGAUGGCUCACAGACUCGUGUUGGAGGUCAAACUCCAGAUCCGAUAGUUGCUCCAGAUUCUCAGACUCCCAGGACUCAGCCAGCUGCCGCUGUAGCUCCUCGUUUGGAUAGUAUGGAGUUUCCAGAUAUGACAUCACAUUUGGUGAACAGGCCUUCUAUGACUAUUGAUGAGCAAAAGAUGUUUGGGAGG